UAGUCGCACUGAAGUUAAAUUAACGAUUUGUUUAUUAGUUUAUUAAUCGCAGAUAUAUUGUUCCUGUUUAUUAUACUAAUAUUUUUCCGGUAUUAGAUAAUUAUAUACCAAUUCAAUUCGUCUCACGAAUUAUUUAGUUAAAGUCAUUUCAGUUUAUAAAAUGGACUCAAAAAAGUAUCAAAAUAUAAGCAUUCAACCGCAAAAACUUCCACGGACUUCUAAAGCCGUAUUUGAAUUGCCUAGAGAAGACUUGAGCGAAGCUGAACUCGUUGGAAAAUCGACUUCCGAUAGAACCAAACGCCGUGUGGCCCAUCAGGCGUGGUUUCCUUUACCGGUCAUCACUAAGCCGGUAGCGCCGGUACGAGUAGUUGCUCAGCCAAAACCGAAAAAAAAGAUUGUCUUAGUAAAGGGAAGUUUCUCACGUAUAAUGCCUUGCAAAGUAAGACAAAUUAACGAAACAGUUGAUUUGGAUUCGAGAGCCAAACAUAUCAAGUCGACAAGUUCUGGAGUCGACGACAGGGUUAAAGCUAAAAAAAGAAAAUUGGGAGACUUGGAUUGUGGUGAAAUGAUGCAAAAAAAUCAUAAAAAAAGUAAUGUUGACAAGUCAAAAAAUGAAGAAGUAAAACAAAAAAAAAGUUCACGCUCACGUUAAGGUUUAGCUUAAUGUGGACACAAAAAGAAAUUUGUUAGCCCAAAGGCAUCAAAAACUGUAUAAUCAGACAUUAAUCACAUUAAGAAAAUAUUAUUUCAUCAGACUUAAGUUUCAGAUGAAUAUUAUUCAAGCAUUUUUUUUAUGCUUAUAAAAUGAAAAAUUGUUAAAUAAAUUAUUUAUAUGUUGCA